CAAAUCCUUUACCCCCUCUCCUCUGCAAUUCACUCCCGAAGAGGAAAAAAAGACGAAAAAUAGGAAACAAAGAUUCCUCCUUUUCUUCUGCGAUUUGCUUUGUUUAAUGCCAGUUCUUGUCUUUGGUUCUCUUCAUGUUUGAUCUUUCUCUUACACCAUCGCCAUGGGAGCUCAGAAGAGCAUCCACGCUGGCAGAGGUUCCACUUUUGUGUUCUAAAACCCAUCUCUUCCUCUCCUUCUAUUCUAGAUUAUCAACAUUUUUUGUUUUGGAUCAGUACUAAUGUGAUUAAUGUUGGAAAAAUGGUAAAAUUCUGGAAUUUGAUUGUGGAUUUGAUGGCUGAUUGUUAUACUAAUUGUUAAGUUCGUUUGGAGGGCUAAAAUAGGAUUUUAUUGUUUCCAUGUUUCUUCAUUUCCCAUUAUAGAUAUGAUUAUGUGUUAUGGUUGUUCUUAUGUAUCUGUAAUAAUUGGUGAAUUAAAAUGGUGUACGAAUGAUGAUAAAUUGGUUGUUUGUUUGUAAAGGAAAACACUUUCGAAUUCUUUUUGUUACAAACCAUACUGUGGGAUGGGUCUUGCUUUUGAUAGUGAAGAUUAAGAUGGGAUUGCUUAAGAAGACCUUUGAAAGUAUAAAAUUUGUAUAUUUUGUUCGUAUAUCUGUUAAUUUCAUGAGGGUGGUGGGUUGUGAAUUUUCUUAUUUUUUUAUUGCAGCCAAGAUUGAUGUUAAUGUGGAUUUCACUCAUAAGCUUUGUACUUCUCUAAUGUUUCCUGCUUUCAGGGACACUUGCAGUCCUCUUUCUCUAGUGAUUGGCAGCCUCUGUAUCAAACAUCCGAAUUUGUUCGGAGGAAGCGAGAAGCUUGAUGUAUCGUGGGAUAAAGGGUUGUAUGAUUCCAAUGUACUGGUGGCUUUUAGGAGACCUAGACCUGAAUGGCGUCCGCAACAGUGCUUCUUCAUACAGCAUUCUCUUUCACCUGAGAUAGGGGUCCAUGGAACUCCAAUUGACAAUUUUUCCCGGUCAGGAAGCGGAGGUGUAAACCUGUCUAAAUUGGCAGUUGGCUUAGACUUGAGUGAGCCAGCAAGUUCAAAAUGGAGCAGCACAACCAGCGUUAAAUUUGAGCAUGUGCGUCCUUUAAACGAUGAAGGACGCUCGAUAACGAGAGAUCUGGAUGGAUUUCCUACAACAUGCAGUGGAAAUACGCAUGACAGUAUGGUAGUUUUAAAGCAAGAAUCCCGGUUUGCAAAGGCUAACGACCAGGGUCUUUCUCAUUUCAGCAUGCAAAUAGAACAAGGUAUUCCUGUUGUGUCCAAGUGGCUUAUCUUCAACCGUUUUAAAUUUGUUGCAUCAAAAGGUGUCAGAUUGGGACCGGCUUUUCUCUUAGCAAGCCUGACAGGUGGUUCAAUUGUAGGAGACAUGGCUCCUUAUCAAGCAUUUGCUAUUGGUGGGCUAGGCAGUGUUCGUGGGUAUGGUGAGGGAGCUGUUGGAUCCGGACGGUCAUGCCUCGUUGCAAAUACAGAAUUGGCCUUGCCUUUGAACAAGAUGACAGAAGGGACAAUCUUCUUGGAUUGUGGAACAGACCUAGGCUCAAGCCGUCUUGUCCCCGGAAACCCGUCGCUCAGACAGGGGAAACCAGGGUUUGGGUAUGGAUUCGGGUAUGGACUACGGUUCAAGUCUCCGUUGGGUCACCUUCAGGUUGAUUAUGCCAUAAAUGCUUUUAACCAGAAGACUCUUUACUUUGGUGUUACCAACCUUGCUUCAUCAACAUAGCCAAAAUAGAAUAAAGCAAUCAAGAGAAAAGCACAUAUUUGAUUCAGUGUCUUGAUUCACGGAUAUAUUUGUGUUUGCGGUGAGACCAGAAACGGCACAAGCUGAAGCAAAAAUUAACCAAUCAGUCGCUGUACAUCAAAUCAAAAAUUUAAAUGAUUGGUUAGUCUCUAAGUCUCUAACAAAUAAUUAAUAUUAACUAGUCAAAGAUUAACAAAAAGUUA